CCCAAAAAAUUUACACAAAUAUGACGGAUGAGGUGAACCCGAAAGCCUAUCCCUUGGCAGACGCUGAACUAUCUGCCAAAAUAUUGAAUUUAGUUCAACAAGCUUUGAACUACAAACAGUUAAGGAAAGGAGCCAAUGAGGCAACCAAGACACUCAACCGAGGUCAGUCAGAGUUCAUAGUCAUGGCAGCUGAUGCACAGCCACUAGAAAUCUUGCUACACUUGCCACUAUUGUGCGAAGAUAAAAACGUUCCAUACGUUUUCGUAAGGAGCAAACAAGCUCUCGGCAGAGCAUGUGGAGUGUCAAGGCCUGUUGUGGCCUGUUCUGUCACAGUCAACGAGGGUUCACAGCUAAAGCCACAAAUUCAGAGUAUACAACGAGAAAUUGAACGCCUUCUGGUUUAACAUUUUCAGCUAUUUAACAUCGCGAUGCUAUUAUAGAUAUGUAACCUUUUUUUUAAACCUUGUAAAUAAAUGUAAUUGGUAUAGUAAAGAUUUUUUCUGUAAGUCUGUCAAAUUUCGGUGUAAAAAUCAAAUCGCCAAUCUUUAAGAAGAUUAAUUGAAAAAUUAUUACGUACACUCUAACUCUUGAUUAAAAGUAUUAGUUUCCAUGAUGUUACUUGAAGUCGCAUUCAAACUUGACAAUUAUUGACACCGGAUAAUAAUCAAUUUUUCACACAAGAUUGUAACUGAGAGACUCUAACUUUGCCAACAAACGUUUACUCGACUCAAAGAAGUAUUGAUACUAGUUGUGAAAGCAUUUAAUUUUGACAGUGCGUCAUGCAAAUAUUUAAUUAAUAAUAAUUAUACAGACAUGCACUGGUAGAACGUAUAGUAUUCUUUAGAAAAUCGUGUAUUUCUUAAGACAGUUGAAAUAUUACAACAUAAUUAUCACUAAAUAAUUGAUACUGUAUCUAAAAAUAUUAAGUAUGAAUGUUUCAACCUUAUUUCAAAAUAAAAUUAUAUUUUAAAGCAUUCAUUGUAUUA